AUGGAGGAUCCGGCGCCGGAGACGCAGCAGCUGCGCAGCCUGCGGGACUUCCUGCUGGUCUACAACCGGAUGACGGAGCUCUGCUUCCAGCGCUGCGUGGCCGACCUCAACUACCGCGCGCUGACCCGGGACGAGGAGGCCUGCCUGGACGGCUGCGCCGGGAAGCUGGUGCGCUCCAACCACCGCCUGAUGGCCGCCUACGUGCAGCUGAUGCCCUCCCUGGUCCAGCGCAGGAUCGCCGACUACGAGGCCGCCGGGCGCGACCCCGCCGCCCUCCCGGGGCCCUCCGACGCCUCCUGA